UGCGCGAAUUGUGGUGCAGGGGAUACACCCCUCUGGCGGAGAGACGGAGAUGGCAAAACAGUGUGCAAUGCAUGUGGCCUCUAUUACAAGGCCCACGGCUCAUCUCGUCCCCCCGCUGAGUCGGUGUCCGCCAUGGGCCUUCAAGCUGGGGCAUCGGCAAACGGUCGGCCUAGAAUGCGUACUGCCGUGGGAGCACUAUGCUGCGCUAAUUGCGGGACGAGUACGACGCCUUUAUGGAGACGAGAUGAUGUGGGAAAUAACAUUUGCAACGCGUGUGGGUUGUACUUCAAAUUGCACGGCACUCAUCGCCCCAACUCUAUGAAGAAGACCGUUAUCAAACGGCGCAAACGUGUCCCUGCUGCA